AUGACUGACAAGCAGAAGGUCAUCGUUGCCCUGACAUCUGCAUCCGAGACAUGCACAGCUGCACUCUCCGCACUCGCCUCCCGAAAUCAGCGCGAUAAAUCUGAGCCCCAAACCUCCGAUCUCGCUGUGAUCCUCAAAGACCUAGACUCUCUCCUUUCUCUGAUAUAUAACUCCGGUACCAAACUUGCUCUUGCCCUCAAACCAUCAUCUCCUACAUACUCCGCUUCUCUACCCGUGAUCGAGGAUCUGGCGAAAUAUACGUCUGGCAUCGUGCAUUGCAUCCAUCUUUUGAAUCCUGACUUACAUGGGGCGACGCUUAUCAAGGAGGUGCAGCAUGAGGUGACAGCUAUUGUUGAGGCUUUGCGUGCAAUCGUGCAGACAUUUUUGAACCUUGCUGCGCGUGGUCCCUCGAUAGCAAGGAGUGAAUCCGCAGGAGAAGAGUAUCUUAUCAGGACAGGCACUCUUCAUGAUCUCAUAACUCGAGCGCGUGGUCCCAACGGAAUUCCAAAAAAUACCAUUUCUGCUAUCAGUCGAAGAUGGAAGCAGGACCGAGGGGCCCUUGAAGAUAGUCUCCGAGAAGUAUCUGAAAUGAUAGACGGAGCCGAAGGGAGUAAAAACGAUGAUGUCGAUGGCGAUAACGUUGACGAUGGUUGGGAUGAACUUGGUUUGGGUGACACAGGAGAGAAGAUGGACAAGGACGAGCUGACGCGUGCAAAAAAUGUACAGCAACUGUCUGCUACUUUCAAAUCAGCUCUUUUUAAACGCACCGUUUGCCAGGUCCACUCCGUACUGCGGUUGACCACAUUAUUGCACAAGCGUAUAUUGCUAGAUUUGCUUUCGUCGGCGCCGACCCCACCGCCUCCGAGCUUUGCUCUAGAUGCUUUGCUUUUGCAGUCGCAUGCACUUCUUGCUGCGUCCGACGAAUUGGUGUCCUCAUUGUAUAUUCCUCAGAACCCCGCUACUAUCAGGAAGGAGUCGUUAGCGCUGAUCGAUAUAAUCAAUGGACUUCAAUUACAGCUACGGAUAUUCUUCCCCGAUACGUCCUCCCUAGAACAACAGCUCUCUGGACUCAGCAUCGAGGGAGAUAAGUCAGCAUCGACACCUAGCAAAUCCAUAGCAGACAAAAAGUGGUUUGAUCUUUGUUUCGACCAGGUAACAAAAACAUCCGCCAAUCUCGUGUCUCCCAUGUACAAGCCACCCCCAGGGGUCGGCCAGAAACCAAGAUGA